AUGUACGCCUCCAUCAUCAAGUCCGCCGUCCUCGUCGCCGCCCUCGCCGGCACCACCGCCGUCAGCGCGCUCCCGCAGGCCGCGCAGUACCCCGACAAGUGCGGCGACAUGGUCUGCCAGCCCGACACGCCGCUCUGCUGCGGCGUCUACUAUAACGGCAACAUCGAGCUCGAGUGCGUGGCCGGCAAGACGUGCCCGCCCAUCCAGUAUCCCACCAAGACCACGACGACGGCGACGCCCACGCCCCCUGCCACCACGACUACGAGCUCCACGGCGCCUCCCGCCUCGCCUACCUUUGGGCCCAAGUGCGGCGAUUCAUUCUUCUGCAAGCCCGGGCAGGUGUGCUGCACGCUCUACAAGUGCGCCGACACGCCCGAGCAGUGCCCCAAGUAA